AGCUCAACAGCAGCUCGAGCUGCUGAAGCACACAGCCCGCAGGCCAGCCAGAACCCCCAGGACCUCCAAUCAACCAGAAACCGCGAGCUACCCCGACUUGGAUCGAGGGAGCGAGCGUAGCUUUGCUGGCGCGGCCUCGGACAACCGCAACAAUGGCAACCGAAAUCUAUCCCUCGAUUUCUCAGGUCGCCGUCGUGGCGGGCGCCUUGAAGAUUCUCCUCUUCCCAGCAUACAAAUCCACCGACUUCGAAGUCCAUCGAAACUGGCUUGCCAUCACCCACAGUCUGCCAAUAUGGGACUGGUACUACGAGAAGACGUCGGAAUGGACUCUCGACUACCCUCCUUUCUUCGCCUAUUUCGAAUGGACCCUGUCGCAGGUCGCCAGGCUGGUAGACCCGGCCAUGCUGCGAGUCUUCAACCUAGGACAUGAUACCUGGCAGACGAUCUACUUCCAGCGCUUCACCGUCAUCGUCACUGAGCUGCUUCUAGUAUAUGCAUUGCAGAUGUUCGUUGAUUCUACCUCCGGGGUACCCAAACGCGCCGCUCAGACCGCUGCCAUCUCGAUUCUACUGUCGCCAGGCCUCUUGAUCAUAGAUCACAUCCACUUCCAGUACAACGGCUUUCUAUACGGCAUCCUGGUUGCAUCGCUGGUCUUGGCACGUCGCAAGUCUGGCUUGCUGGCGAGCGGCCUGGUCUUCGCUGCUCUGCUGUGCCUGAAACACAUCUACGCCUACCUCGCGCCGGCCUAUUUCGUCUUCCUACUACGAGCAUAUUGCCUCUCUCCGCAAUCAGUGUUCCGGAUUCAGUGGUUGAACUGCAUCAAACUCGGAGCCGGGAUCGGGGCCAUUGUCGCCGCCGCUUUUGGCCCCUUCGCAGCCAAGAAGCAGAUACCACAGAUCCUUAGCCGGCUCUUCCCCUUUGCGCGAGGUCUUUGCCAUGCGUACUGGGCGCCCAACGUCUGGGCUAUAUACUCCUUCAUGGACAGGAUGCUGAUUAUUGCUGCCCCCAAACUCGGACUUCCUGUGAAAGCGGAAGCACUCACCAGCGUCACUCGCGGACUAGUUGGUGACACGUCCUUCGCAGUGCUUCCCAACAUAAGCCCGCGCGUGUGCUUUAUUCUCACGCUAAUUUGCCAGGCGGUACCACUUGUCAAGCUGUUCGCGCAGCCGACCUGGGAGAACUUUAUCGGGGCGGUGACGCUAUGUGGCUAUGCCUCUUUUCUCUUCGGCUGGCACGUUCACGAGAAGGCCAUCUUGCUGGUCAUAAUCCCGUUCAGCCUGAUCGCACUCAAGAACCGGCGGUACCUGGGCGCUUUCCGACCCCUGGCCGUUUCGGGCCAUGUGUCUCUAUUCCCGCUACUAUUUACGCCAGCCGAGUUCCCGAUCAAGACGGUAUACACGGUCUUCUGGUUGAUCCUGUUUCUGGUGGCAUUUGACCGCCUAGCUCCCGCGUCGAGCAGGCCCAGGUUUUUCCUGUUCGACAGGUUCAGCACCCUGUACAUUGCGGUCAGCAUACCGCUGAUACUCUACUGCUCCCUGCUCCACCAAGUGGUGUUUGGCAAGAGGUACGAGUUCUUGCCUCUGAUGUUUACUAGCUCGUACUCGGCCGUAGGCGUUGUGGGCAGCUGGGUUGGGUUCAGCGUCGUUUACUUUACCCCGUAAUGUCUACGGGGGCUUUGUAGAACAAAUCAGCUUGAUCGUAAUACACACACGGCGCUCUCUUCACUCAGUCCAUAUGUCAUGUUGGAAUUUGG